ACGACACAGUAUACGUCGCGUUUGCGUCAUCAUACCGUGAACAGCGCUCAAACGGGGAGGACGUGGGAUGAACAAGUGUGCAGUGCAUAAUUAGAAACAUUGUUUUAUUUAUUUCAAAUGUUUCUAAUAUCGGAAUUAUAAAGUACAAAGUAUUAGGAUAGGGUUCAAGAAAUAAACGUCGCCAUCAUGGCGUCGGACGAACAAUUUUCAUUAUGUUGGAACAAUUUCCACGCGAAUAUGUCGGCAGGCUUUCAUGGCCUGCUGUCGCGUGGAGAUUUAGUAGAUGUCACAUUAGCUGCCGAAGGCAGGCUAUUGCAGGCACACAAAUUAGUCCUAUCAGUAUGUUCUCCCUACUUCCAGGAGAUGUUCAAAAUGAACCCAACUCAGCAUCCAAUAGUAUUUUUAAAAGAUGUUAGUCAUUCAGCGUUAAGGGACUUAUUACAGUUUAUGUACCAAGGUGAAGUUAAUGUUAAGCAAGAAGAGUUAGCGUCGUUUAUUAGUACCGCGGAACAGCUUCAAGUGAAAGGUUUAACCGGUAAUCAAAAUGAAGAAAGUUCCACGCCAUCCAAACCAAAGCCGACCUCGAGGCCAGGCCCGAGGUCGUCACAACAAAGGCAAUCUGUUAUGACUAAGUUAGAGACUGAUUUAGAUUCUAAGCCCUCCUCAACUCCAGUAGCAAUUAAGCGACCAAAUAGGCCAUCAAUAGCAUCAAACAAUUCUUCAUCCUCACAAUCUGGACCUGUUAAACGGAAAUGUGUGGACCCAUUAGAAGCUGGACCAUCUGGAUCAGCUAAAGAAGAAUUUGUUACGAUACCUGAUGAAGAUGAAAACAACGCUGUGGCACCCAAAAUGGAACCCGAAUUUGUUAACGAAAGUAUGUGGGAUGAUGACGAUGACGGAACAAACAAUGAUGAAACAAAUUUCGGCGAAGAUGACUCUAAUAUGGAAAUGACAGGAUUUGAUGGCUCGACGACUGGCGAUGGCAAUUUGACUGGUGGUGCGGAAGGUGGAGCUGUAGGUGAUGCGCAAGAGGCGUUUUUCUUGCCUUCACGAGCGGGUAAAUCGGUGCUGAUCUUCCGGAACAAUAAGUUCUGGGUGAACAACCAAUACCGAAAGCUGAACUGGGCGUGCCGCGACAAAGACACCAAGGGCUGCCUGUGCAGGGUCCAGACUACCAUGGAUGGCCGUUUCGUCAGGAUCAAAGGCGGGCACAACCAUACGCCGAACUUUACUCCGGAAAAUUUCGACUCUCCAUCGCCUAUAGAGAAACCAUUCGGCAAUCAAGUAGGUGCCUGGCAUCAGGCAGUUAAACGUAUGGGUGUGGUUUCAGUGGAAUGGGGUGUGUCCCGGCACGGCAACCCAGUGGUGGUGGUGGACGGGCAGCGGUUCCGGCGCUGCGGGCGCCCGGCCGGCGACCGCGCCACCUGGCUCUGCAUCAAGUCCGACACGGGCUGCCGCUGCUACGUCGUCACUCUAUGCGACAGGGUCAGUAUACUGCUGACAAGUGGUAUCGUUGUGAUCGGCAACGAAGUGGGCACGGCCAGUACGCCGACGCUGGGGCUUCCGUUCCCGUUCCCUUGCUUCCCCGGGCAGUUCCGCUACUGCCUGAGCAAGCGUGGCAAGCCGGCCAUCGAGGUGGGCGCACAUCGGUUCUGCUUUAACGGACGCGCGGCCAGCGGAAAAGUGUGGUGGCGGUGUUCCCGCAACCCGCGCUGCCGCGCCGCCGUGCACACCUUCGGCUUGCGCGUCGUGCAGAUGAACAGCGCGCACACCUGCGGCGUCCGCGCAACCCCGCUCAGGCCCAUGUUCUAACCGAGAGUUCCUCCUCUUAUCCAAGCGGAUUUUAUGUUCGCUCUAAUGUAUCGCUGCGGUUAAAUACGUCCCUUUCGUCGCCGUCGUCAAUUAUCGGCCCGUGACGAUUGAUUGUCCUGAUAGCGGGAGCAAGCGAUGAACUUGUUGAUGAUCAAAAAUUUUUCGUGCAGGUGACGUAAAAUUGACGAGUCAAUUUAUCUAAGACCGUUGGCUUUUAAUAAAAAUGUUGGCUAGGCACCGAUUGAUGCUUUAGAUGGCAAUUCACAGUUUUCACCGUCAGUCAGCGAAUUUUCGGUGAAAAUAUAUUUGGAUGGGUGAAAUGUUGCUUUCGUGCCUUGAGCCGGCGGUCGAUUACAUUACCUAUGUACUCUUAUUGUAGAUUAGUCACAUCAUGUAUACGAAUUUUAAUUCGCUAUUACCGUCUUUGAUAUUAUUCUCCAAAGAGAUCAAAUGUGUAUUACCUAUAUAUUUAAUUGAAUGCAUUUAAAUAUUUGAUAUUUUGCGCUGUGUAAAGUAUACGAAUCUUUUAUAGAAUAGAAUGGCCGUCGUGAACAAAUAACUUGAGACAAUUCUAGAGCGGAGAGCUUCCAUUUCUAUGGGCUGCUGAUAUAAAUAAAAUUAGUACAAAAUGUAUUCUCUCUUAUCUCAUUAUUUAUAAUUUAAGCUAUCCCAUAAAGCAUAGCAUGAUGAAAACGUAAUGAAAGGCAAAAAUGGAACGCGCUCUCGAGUCUCAGUUCUGAUCUUCCGCACACAACGGCCCUAGUUGUAGUUAUUGUACAAAGUGAUAGCUCUCUUAUGAUAUAUUAUCCUAAGUAUUUUUAUACAUUAUUUUUAUUACGAUUUUACUCGUAUAUUGCGAAGUAAAUCGAAGGUCGCCGGAGCGCGCCGGCACGGUAGUCGGCAGCUGACACUGGUUGGUUUCGAUUGCAGUCAGGAUUAGGAGCUGUGCUUGUCAGAGACUUGAUUAUGGAUCAUACGUUGUAUACACGAGUAGGACUGCCUAACGACUUGUUAAAGUAGGAAUCUGCAUUUAUUGAACUUGACUUAUAUAAUAAUACUCAUCGUAUACGUUCUAGUUGUAGGUUUUUUUAGUGAGAUUUUAUUAUUCGUAGUUAUUUUUUUGAGCAUUUUAUAUUUUUUAAGUGAAUAGGUACUUAUUUUACAGAUUUCGUUAUUUUUUAUUUUUGACAAAGUAGGUGCAAGUAUUUUACAGUAUCGGCAGGUUAACCGGAUUAUGACAAUUUACCAUGUUUAACAUAAUAUUUUACACUGAAUUUAUUUUCUAGUUAAGUGAUAAAGAUGUAUACGAUUCACUGUAACCUAUGAAGUAUUAUAUUGGAAGUAUUAUUUUGUGUAUUGUGAUAAGAUAUUAUUUUAUGGUUUAGUUCAGAAAGUACUUUGAAUAACGGUAGCUCUAAGCGUCAGUCGUGGAUGGGAAUCGUCUUACCUCGGAAAGAGUUGGGCAAACUGUGGGCCGGGGUUGCGUUCUGUAGUGAGAACAUCUGACCCUUUAGCACAACUUGCCUUGUCGCGCGCGAGCCCAUACAUCAAGCGCGACUUCAAGUAUGGACUCGCGCGCUAGGGGUUCCAGCCGUUACAGGUUUCCCAACUGUUUUUGUGGGCAGAUGGGAAUUGUUUAUGCUGUGUAGUGUACUGGUAGCUGGAGACUUGUGUAUAGGUACAAAGAAGUGAUUAUAUUGCGCUGAUGUAACUCA